AUGCUUAAACCCGCGCACAGCAUCUCGUCUCUUAUCGAGGCACCCGACAACUGGAACCGUGCCACGUCAGCCGUGCUUUUCGCGGCUGCCUCUGUUGCCGAUUUGCUGUUCUGCUCCUACCAGACUCACGUGUCGCUACGCCUGUGUUCACGUCUGCGAUCCAUGCUCCAAGCUGCAAUAUUCACCAAGAUGACCCGUCUGUCGCCGUCCGCACUCACCCGCAAUCCGUCGGGCUACGUGGUCUCCGUGCUGGGCGUGGACUGCGUGCAGCUGUCGGCCAGCGCGCUGCAGUUCCCUUUACCCAUUAUCGGCUCACUGUGUAUGCCCGUGGUGCUGUGGGUGCUCGCUCUGCGCGCUGGAACCGUGCCAGCGGUCGGUUGCGCGCUGUGGCUCAUGAUCGUCCUGUUCCUGCCCUUCCCGACGUCGGUGCUGCAGAACAUACUAUGGAAACGGGUGAUGCGGUUCCGCGACGAGCGUCUCAAGAGCACGGCCGACCUGCUCUCCUCGGUUCGCGUGGUGAAGCUGUACGCGUGGGAGGACGCCUACCUGGGCACUGUGGGACGGCUGCGAGACGCCGAGCUGGCAGCCCUUCUGCGCACGAACCUGCUGGACGGCCUCAUGGACUCUCUCUACAGCUCCACGUCUUCGCUGUUGACCAUAAUCCUGUUCGGGCUUUUGGCUGCCGUGGGAGGGACAAGGACAUUGACACCAGCGCUGUCCUUCUCGUGCCUCUACUUGCUGUCGCUCACCGACAUGAUCACCAACAUGAUGGCCAACACGAUGCGCAUGAGGAGCCUGGUAUCACUAGGACUUUCGAGAAUAUGCAAGUUCUGCACCGAAGAAGAACAGGAAGAACGCCUUCAAGACUCCAAGGACCCCACAAUACAAAAGGGUGAGGUCACGCUAUCUGAGUGCAGCUUCUCGUGGACGCAGCACUCGUCGCACACGUCUUCGCCGGUGCCCAGCGAGGCGGCACUCAGGGACGUCACCUUCCGGGCGGCGCCUGGCUCUCUGGUGGGCGUCGUAGGGUUCGUCGGCAGCGGGAAAUCCUCUCUACUGGCCGCCAUCUUGGGAGAUAUGCAUCGCACUCGAGGCAUCCUUCGCACAUCGGGCUCCAUUGCCUACGUAUCUCAGGUGGCUGCAAUAUACAACAUGACCGUCAGGGACAACAUCACGUUCGGCAAACAGUUCGACCCUGGUCUGUACGUACGCGUCAUCAAGGCCUGCGAACUGCUCAACGACCUCAACUCAUUUCCUGCCGGUGACCUCACAGAAGUUGGAGAGAAGGGUGAGACUCUGAGCGGUGGCCAGAAGCAGCGCAUCUCACUCGCCCGUGCAGUGUACAGCUGCUCGAAUAUCUACCUGCUUGACGAUCCGCUCAGCGCACUCGAUCCUACGGUGGCAGCCAGGGUCUUCAAGCACGUCAUCGGCAAGAACGGACUGCUCCGAAACACGACGCGCAUUCUGGUUUGCAACCAAGGCUCUCUCCUGAAGCACAUGGACCUACUCGUGCUUAUGCACAGCGGCAGUGCCUCGGUGUUCACCACAGUGUCCGAGCUACUGCAGCACAAGGACACGCCACGCACGGUGCGUGCGGCCGAGUCCAGGCAGGCCAAGGCCAGGCAGAUGUCGACCACAGAUGGGAGAGACGACAAGGACACAUUAGACCAGGAUGAGGCCAAAGGACGGGUCACAGUAGAGGAUACUAUAACGUCGUCAAAGACUUCUCUGGAGGUUGCGAUGGCCUUGGGCCGCUUGUCCGGUGUGUGCGGACCUCUGGCGCUGCUGUGCUUCGUGACCAGUGCCGGCGCCGUGGCCUGGCAGCAGCUGUACGUGAAGGAGUGGACAGACGCCAUGGUUGCCGGAGCUGGCUCCUCAGCCAACUGGGUCGGAGGCCUGGUUGCCAUCUCACUCUCUGACGUGUUGUUCCGGACAGCAGGUGGGUUUCUCCUGGCGGCCAGUUCGCAGCGGCUCUCGCGUCUUAUGCACCGCUCCAUGCUGGAACACCUGCUGGCCAGUCCGGUGUCCUUCUUCGACUCGACGCCGCGGGGCCGCAUCUUGGCUCGCUUUUCUCUCGACCUGGAUGCCUUGGACUCUCGGCUCUUCCUGGGCGCCAAGCAGAGCCUGCAGAACGCCUUCAUCACGAUCGCCAAGCUCGUCGUCGUGGGCACGCAGACGCCGCCCGUGCUGGCCGUGGGAGUGGUCGCCAUCGUCGUCAUUAGUUACGCCAUGAAAUGUUCAAUACAGGCUUCAAACGCGGGACGCUACCUGGAGAGCCGCCACGUGAGCCGCAUGCUGCAGCACGUGACCGAGACGCGAGACUCCCUGAGCACGGUGCGAUGCCUGGGAGCCGUGCCGCGCUUCAAGCUUCACUAUGAGCGCCUGUCGGACCUCGGACUGCGCGCGUUCGCCGCGUUCGCCAUGUGCUUCCGCUUCUCGCGCUUCGCGGCCGGCUCCUGCGGCCUGCUCGUGGUUCUCGCGGCUCUCGCCUUCGCCGUAGCCCUGGCCGGCCGCGAAGCAUCGGCUGAGGCGAGCAGCAGCGUAGGGCUGGCGCUCAGCUCCUCCCUAUCGAUACCAAUGAUGACAGUAGCGCUAUGCCUGUCACUCUACGUGGUUCUACAGGUCACAGUCUCCUUCGAGAGAGAUCUAGAGUACACGGAGCUACCCGCAGAGGUCGACGUUGAGAAAAGCGCGGCGGAUCAGGGUGACGCCGAUGACAGUCUUCUUGCCGCGCCAGCAGCACUCGGGGAGUCCUGGCCCAGCAAAGGCGUAGUGGAGUUCGAGAAUUAUUCGGCCUCCUAUCGUCCGGGAAUACUGCCCGACGUGCUCAAGGGUGUCACAUUCGUCGUCGAACCACACGAAAAGGUGGGCGUUGUAGGGCGCACGGGCGCCGGCAAGUCGUCGCUGGUUCUGGCCCUGCUGCGCGUUCUCAGGGCGUCGCGAGGCCGCAUCCUCAUCGACGGUGUUGACGUGUCUACGGUUCCGCUGCGACGCCUUCGCUCCGCCAUCACAGUUAUUCCACAGGACCCCAGCCUGGUGCGCGGCAGUCUUCGGGACAACCUGGACCCUACACGCAGUCACUCGGACGCGCAGCUCUGGAGAGCGCUGCGGCAGGCACAUUUGUCCGACGCGGUCGCAGGCCGACAGGAGGGACUGCUUUUCGAGACCGGAGACGGAGGCUCGAACCUCAGCGUGGGUCAGCGACAGCUGGUCUGUCUUGCUCGCGCUCUGCUUCGCGGGCCCAAGAUCCUGGUGCUCGACGAGGCGACGUCGCAGAUGGACGGCGACACGGACCGCUUAAUCCAGGCUACGUUGAGGGACGCCUUCGCUGAGUGCACCGUGAUCGCCAUCGCUCACCGUAUUCACACCGUGCUCGACUACGACAAGAUUCUCGUGAUGUCGGAGGGUACCGUUCUGGAGUACGGGCCGGUGAAGGCUCUGUUAUCUGACACCAGCUCGGCGUUCUACACGAUGGCCAAGAACGCCGGAGCCUUACCCUUCGACGCCCAGUGCCGAGACAAUGCAACGAGCACCGAACUCUGAAGUGACUAACAGCACGCAGCUGUACUGCUGGACUCUGUAGUGGCGCAUUGCUGAUCGAAAGGCAGAAACCGCCCAGUGUUUGGAAGCAUGAACACAAAAGGCCCCCCUCGCCAGUUUUGGACUUUACAAAGGAACGAGCCUGGCGGGAAGAUCGAUCGGUGGUUAUCUGCAAAGUACGACAGGCUUCCGUGGCGUGAAAACGGUCGAAACUUAAAACAGAAAUUCAUGUGCCCUUUCCCUCUAGGGAAAAGCGCUUGGGGAGAGAGACUGCCUACGUGGCAGGCGUUCCUCGUACCGUCACUGACCACGGCCCGUGAAUCCAGUUCUUCAGGCGAUACGGAGCCCCCAAUGCGUGCGACGCGAGACAAAUUAGAGAAAAAAGGAGAGGGGGGCUUGUCACGUGAUGAUGACGUGCACCUCGCCUCAGGCAAUUGGGAGUACGUCUCGCUUGCAGACUCUAACUGAUGCAAAGGAAGAGACCAUUCCAUGGACUGUGAAUCCCGCCUCCUGUACCGGUGAUGACAGCGCUCUUUAUUUCCAAUGUGUCUGCUGGAUCAGUUGGUGCAUCAUGUUGGAAAUGUGUGAGCGUCUUCACGGCAGGAGUGAAGAAAGCUUCUUCUUCAGUUCUGCUAUCAAACUGAUUCUACUUUUACAAUAAGCAGUUUAAUUUUCUUUAACUUGUCUAACAUUUCGGCGAAACCUUCCCAACGCCGCUUUUUAACGUGCAACAAAAAUUUCCGAUGGGUCCUGGUUAGGAGCGCUUUGAACAGACACAAGAUAAUGAACGCGAGGCCACACUAGAAUAGCAACCAUCAUGUUUCCCAUUACGUGAUCACAGCUUCUAGAACACUGAGAGUAAGUGGACGAUAAGUUACGCGACCCAUUUACGUAGCGUCUUCACUAGCAAGGACUGCAAGCAUUUAUUUAAAUAAUGUGCCGCAUGACACAAAGUGCGAUUUAAAAAAAGCUAGUUCGCAGCAAGUGUUGUUUCAAGUUAAGAGAGCUAGAUGGACAUUACGAACAUCUGCCACUGUCAGUUUAUUCCGUGUUUUGUUUCAUUCAUUUUUUCCCUUUUUUAUGCAAUUCAUGGCGCUUCACUAAGUCGCAUCGAAGUGUUUGCAACUCUUUCCUUCAAGCACCCUCAUGCUGAAUGGGUCUUUUAAAAGCUUGGAGGAUUCAGACCAAUUAGAGACGUAUAUAACACGUCUGUAAGUAAGAGUUCUCUAAUGACUCUAUCGUGUAUAGAUUUCUCUAAAUUUCAUUUUCAGUACACGCUUUUCGCUGCUCAUAGAUCCCGCUCGAGACCAUCAGGAACUGUGCUUCUUUCGUGUGAAAUUUUCACGUUAAUUCACCCCUGCAUUGCUGUUCAUUUUUUUAUAAGACAGGGUACAGCUCUCGCCUGGUGUCGCAUGUAAUGUUUGUGAUGCGGCACACGCUUCCGGAAUGUGCACUCAUCUUUUCAAGUAAGGUCGAGGGACGUUGGUACACGUGAUCGUUAGCGUAGAACUUGCGUAAGUUCAGGGCUUUUUGAAUGGCGUAGAAUGAACGCAAACAAAGUAGGAUUGUUCCUAUCCUCCAGAAGAACUCGACGACAAUGGAUGUAAAGGCCAACGACGUACGCACAAGGAAAUAAACUGUUUUGGGGGCCGCGUGUCGCUAAAUGUACUAAUUUUGUAAUAAACACUUU